AUGAAAUUUAUUUUUUGGAUAUCAAUCAUUAGCACAGCAGCUCUUAUACGAGCAAACGUCUUAGAAUUAACACCAGAAACAUUUGAAAAAACUGUUGGAGGUAAAAAACCAGCACUUGUUAAAUUUUAUGCACCAUGGUGUGGUCAUUGCAAAAAUUUGGCACCAGUUUAUGAUGAAGUAGGAGAAUUGUGUCAUGGAAAAAAUAUAAUUAUUGCUCGAAUUGAUGCCGAUAAAUACCAUGAAUUUGGGUCUAAAUUUGGAGUAAAGGGAUAUCCUACGCUCAUGUGGUUUGAAUCCAAUUCUAAAGUUGGCAAUCCCUAUAAAGACGGAAGAGAUAUUGAUUCAUUAACAAAAUUCAUUGAAAAUAAGUCUGGAGUUAAAUUGAAUAAAAAGACAACAAAACAGGGUGCUCUUGAAUUAACCCCAAAUAAUUUUCGUAAAAUUGUCAUGGAUCCAAAGAAAGAUGUUCUUGUGGAGUUUUAUGCGCCUUGGUGCGGACAUUGCAAAGCACUAGAACCUAUUUAUACUAAAAUUUAUCAAUGCUUUUUGCCUGAUAAACAUGUUGUGAUUGCAAAAAUCAAUGCAGAUGCUUACCGUGACAUUGCUAAAGAACAUGGUAUUGAAGGUUAUCCUACUAUUAAAUUCUUUUCUAAAGGAACUUCUGAAAAGACGGGAAUAGAAUAUAAUGGAGAAAAUACAGAAGAUGAUAUCAUUUCUUUUAUUAACGCUAAUACGGGAACUAUGCGGAUUCGUGGAGGCGGUCUUAGUAAUAAAGCAGGACGUAUACAUGAAUUUGAUUCCGUUGUCAACACAAUAAGUUCUUCCAAUAUAAAAGAAGUUAUUUCAGAACUAAAAAGCUUGGCUAAAAAAUCAAAUAACAAAUAUGCAUCUUACUACAUAAAAGUAGCAGAAAAAAUUACAACGUCUCCUAAUUUUGUUGAAACGGAAUAUCAACGGCUUGAAAAACUCCUUCAAAAAAAACUUGAACGCUCAAAAUAUGACGAUGCCCAAAUACGAAAAAACAUAUUAUCUGUUUUCCAAAUUAAAAAGAAACAUUUUUCAGAUGAACUUUAA